AUGAUUAAACCACCACCGGGAAAAUAUCAAAACAGAAAUGGGGAGAAAGACAAUAGGAAAGAAGAGGACAACAUUGAGCAUAGAGGGAUAGUAGAUGUUAAAAAGUUAAAGUUAGAGCAAAUGCGUGAAAUGACGAUAGGGAUAACACAGAUGAACGAAAAAAGACUCAGUUCACCAACAAUCCACUAUCCCCAGUGCUUGCUGCAUUACUCCGAAAAAUGCUUCCAGAUGAUGGCCGCGCGCGAUAGCCAGUAUAUUGUUCGCGUAACAUGUAACGUGCUAGCCCAGACUCGUGAACAGAUGAAGCAUUUUAUCCACCACCAAGUACAACAGCAGAUGCAAUUAAACGCCUCCCUGUUACCUAAUUCCAACAUCCUAAUCCUAAACGCAUGGUUAAUUACCCUCUCCGAUUUAGAGUGUGAUUACCUAAAUGCGCAACAAUGUUGCUCAAGACUGAACAUGUGGGUUAUGCCAAAACUAGUAGCACAUUCACUCUCACUCAUAAUACUGCUCAUUCUUGGACAGUGGGCUUUGAGUGCACUAAAUUUCCCAGUGACUGUCUGGCUAUUUUACGAAUACUUUAAUAUACCCAGUGGAAAUAUGGGUGUCUAUGACCCCACAGAAAUUCAUAAUCGUGGGCUACUAAAAAAGCACACACGUGACUGUCUAAUUUUUUUGGGAUAUUAUCUUAUAUUUUUCUUUAUAUAUUUGUACUGUUUAAUUGUUACAUUGUUGAAAGGAGAUCCUAUAAAUAGAAAAGACGACGAUAUGAUUGAGUUUUAGGAUCUCACAUGUUCUUUACUCAUUAUCGAGGCUAUUUAUUGUGCGUAACAAUUGUAUAUUUAUUUCAUUAUUCAUCAUCAUUAACAUCCUUUAUUAAAACGGAACUGUACAAUGCAGUUAUGACACUGCUAGUUUACUUUUGAGAUUCCUUUUUAUGAAAAUUGGAUACUCUCAGUUGAUGUUCAUUUGUACUUUUGUGGUGUAUGAUUUUAUAAAUCUGUGUCAACUUUCCUUAAUAACUAUAGACAUUAUCUCGAAAUAGGAAAAUAAUAUCUUAUUAUCUUUCUAUUACAACGCAAAAACAUAAGUGACAUUUUUUCGAAAAAUGAAUUUUUGGUAUCAGUGCAAUCGUGAAAUAAAGCUGCGUCUAUCAUAAUUAAAAUUAUAAUUCUCAAUUAUUUAUAAAAAAGUGAAUGUUAAAAUUGCGAAUAUUAAACAAAUGUCCCGAAUACAAUGAAAAAUUACAUUGAAAGUACUUUGCACUGCCUGAAAUUUGUAAGGGAAUCUGAAUACGUCACGAAAUGCAAGGAGAUAAUAUAAGAAAAGCACUUUGCGGAUAUUGUGUCACAAAAAGUUUUCAAGCACGCUUCUUCUUACCCAAUUAAAACGCCGCAUGUGCUGUACUUAAAGUCUUAAGUUGUAAUAUUAUUUUAUUUACAUUUGUAUUAUUAUUUUUAUUUGUUUAAUUAUUACUUAUCUUGGAAUUGAUUCAAGAAAAAUCCGCAAAUCAUGUUCUAAUAGAAAUUACGAGUUGAUAAACGAUUUUUCGUUGUUGAGAUGGUUGGUGGUGGUAGAAGGCGUGUAGUUAUCUGUAUGGGUGGGUUUUCUGUAAACUUCAUGUCCUAAUGUGUUAUCAGAUCUUUUGUAAACUAGUACGUCCAAGAAAGGAAAUUUUCCGUUUUGUUCAAUUUCAUUGGUGAACUGGAUAUUAGGAUGAUAUCCAAACCAUAUUUAAAUCACUUGCAAAAACAGGACAACUACUAAGUAACCCUCAGGACAAAA